AUGGGUCGCGUUCGCACCAAGACCGUUAAGAAGUCCGCCAAGGUCCUGAUUGAGCGGUACUACCCCAAGCUCACUCUCGACUUCGAGACCAACAAGAGAUUGUGCGAUGAGGUCGCUAUAAUCGCCAGCAAGCGCCUGCGCAAUAAGAUUGCUGGAUACACCACGCAUCUGAUGAAGCGCAUUCAGCGUGGCCCCGUCCGUGGUAUUUCCUUCAAGCUCCAAGAAGAAGAGCGUGAGCGCAAGGAUCAAUACGUUCCCGAAGUUUCUGCUCUCGACGUUAGCCAGAACAGCGAGAGUGGCAAGUUGGAUGUCGACCAGGAGACCAAGGAUUUGUUGAAGAGCAUUGGUUUCGAUUCAAUCCCAGUCAACGUUGUCCCUGUUUCCCAGCAGCAGGUUGCCGAGCGCCCUCGUCGUUUCGUCCGAUAA